UGUACCCAGCAACCACGCCAUGCAGUCUUUUCUCUUUUAUUGUCUAAAAAAAAAGUGGUUUUUCACAUUUUCUUUUGAAAUACGGAUAAGAGAAUAAGUUAAUUUAAACCAGUAAGUGUCAAAACCAACAAGUCGUUGUAGUAUAGUGGUGAGUAUUCCCGCCUGUCACGCGGGCGACCCGGGUUCGAUCCCCGGCAACGGCGAUUUUUGUCUUUUUUUUUUGGAUGGAUCCAGUUCUGUCAAGCCCAAAUAAGGUACUGAGUUCAUGAAAGCCCAAACUCAAGUAGAGGGGCUAUCUCCAUGUCUGACCAAUCGUGGCCGUGUUUGUGCCUUUGAAUUUUUAUUUAGCCAAGAAUCCCUACUAACACUCUGGUUAACAAAUUCUCCAAUGGCAAAUACGUAAUUAAACAACCACUAACACGUUCAAUCUCCAACUCCAACCGCCACUUGUUAUUUUCUCUAUUUUUUUUUAUACAUCCCCGGUUCAGUACCGUUACAAAGGAAAUGCGAAAACAAAAAAAAAAAAAUGUUUUUCUGAAUGUCAUGGUGUUCUUGAAUCCUCUCAUUUCUGAAUUCUAAACAGAAGGAAACUUGUAUAAAAAAACAUAUUAAAAAAUAAUAACAAUAAAAUAAACAAGGAUGAAUGUGGGAUUUUUUGGAGAGUGGUUGAAUAGGAGGAGGUAGAUGAGAAGUGGGAUUAAGGGUGGUGGUGAGAAGGUGUUGGCGUAUAAGGUGAGAAGGUGUUGGGAAUGGCAGGUGGAGGAGGAGAUCAUGGAGGAGGACAUACUAAGGCGAGAGAGCUUGACCAAACGCCUACAUGGGCUGUGGCCGCUGUCUGUGCUGUUAUCAUUAUUAUUUCUAUCCUUUUGGAGAAAGUUCUUCACAUGUUCGGAGAAUGGUUUCAAAAAAGGAAAAAGAAAGCUUUAUAUGAAGCCCUUGAGAAAGUGAAAGGGGAACUUAUGGUUCUAGGAUUCAUUUCUCUGCUAUUGACAUUUGGGCAAACUUACAUUGCUAAAAUCUGUAUCCGGUCAAAGUAUGGAGAUACAAUGUUGCCUUGCUCCAAUAGAAGUGAAGCUAUGUCGGAAACAGGAGAUCAUGAGUCUGAAAGUGGUGGAGAAGAACAUCAUCGUAGGCUUUUAUGGUAUCAGCGAAGAUUUUUAUCCGCUGGAGGCGAAUCUGCUGAGUGCAAGCCGGGGCAUGUGCCGCUUAUAUCAGUAAAUGGGUUACAUCAAUUGCACAUCUUCAUAUUCUUUUUGGCAGUGUUUCAUGUAAUAUACAGUGCCAUAACCAUGGCUCUUGGGAGAUUAAAGAUCCGUGGGUGGAAAGAGUGGGAACGAGAAACUACUCAACACCAGGAAUUCAUGAAUGAUCCAUCAAGAUUCAGGCUUACCCAUGAAACAUCUUUUGUAAAGGAUCAUACAAGAAUCUGGACUAAAACACCAGUCACCUUUUAUUUUGUAUGUUUGUUUCGACAAUUCUUUAGGUCUGUUCGUAAAGCUGACUACUUGACCAUGCGACAUGGAUUUGUCACUGUUCAUUUAGCCCCUGGAAGUAGGUUUGACUUUCAAAAAUAUAUCAAACGGUCAUUAGAAGAUGACUUUAAGGUAGUUGUGGGGAUCAGUCCACUAUUAUGGGCUGCAAUGGUGUUGUUUUUGCUUCUCAACGUUCAUGGAUGGGAGGCUACGUUUUGGCUGUCCUUACUCCCUCUCGUUGUAAUCUUAGCAGUGGGAACAAAGCUUCAAGCAAUUAUAACAAGAAUGGCACUUGAAAUCCAAGAAAGACAUGCUGUGGUGCAAGGGAUACCUCUAGUACAAGUCUCAGACAGACAUUUUUGGUUUAGUUGGCCCGAAUUAUCCCUCUAUCUCAUCCAUUUCGUCCUGUUUCAGAAUGCGUUCGAGAUAACAUACUUCUUUUGGAUAUGGUAUGAGUUUGGGUUGAGAUCUUGUUUUCAUGAAGAUUUUGGUCUUGUGAUAUUCAGAGUUGUUCUUGGGGUGGUUAUCCAAUUCGUGUGCAGCUACAUUACUCUUCCCCUGUAUGCUUUGGUGACACAGAUGGGAUCAACCAUGAAGAGGUCAAUCUUUGAUGAUCAAACUUCCAAGGCCCUAAAGAAUUGGCGUAAAAAUGCUGCUGGUGGUGGAAAGAGGAAGGCUGAUGAGAAGGUACGGUCUCCUCCAGCGGUAUUGGGUGGAAGCCCCACAGACAGCUCUCCGGUGCAUACCCCAGUUGGCGGUCCUCGAAGUGUAACCCAUGGCCAGGGCGAUGGACUGUCAGACAUGGAAUCAAAUUCAUCAUCAGGCCCCAACCACACUGCAAACAUCAUGGCCAGUGUGGAUCUUCAAGGGAAACAGCAACAGCAACAGCCACCUUCUCCUAAUAACAGUUCCUUCCCAUAUGCUGAAAGGGACCUUCUCAGUGGAGUCUAAUGAUCGAUGUUGCACAUCUAAUACAUCAAUUUUUCUCUUGACGUGCUCUGUCAAUUCAGACUUGGCCAAGCUCCACCCACCACAACCUUGGCAGUCAUAAGAAAGUCCAUUGCAGCAGCAGCAUUCUUUUUUGGAUUUUGUAAAUCCAUUCAUAAUUUUAACAUGCAUGAAUUGAAUUAGGCCUCAUCUCACACAUCAAAUAUUAAUCAAUUACCUCAAGUCCAAGAGUAUGAUAUUUCACUCUCUAUUUUUUUUGUUUUUUUGUUUUUUUUUUUUUGUUUGUAAAUCAAAUUAUAUAACUGAGGAGAUUAUUGUAUUCGAAUUCAAUAUAUGUUGUUAUACAUUUUCAAGAUUUGGUUUGGAUUUCGUAUAUGUUUAUUAUGGGGUCAACCCAACCCAACAAUCUACACGUGCAUAAGGAUGACAAAAUGUGGGGAUGUAAUUGUAAUUUCGUCGGAAGGGAUAGAUGAGGUAUGAAGGGCUGUAAAUGAAAAAAAUGCCAUGGUUUUGGCUUCGAUUCUCUGUUUAUUAUUCCAAUUUCCCUGAUGGCCAUGGCUACGGUUGGUCGUCACCGUGUUUUACAAGUCUGUUUAAAACCCGUCGAACACCAAGAGCAGACAAGGGCUCAGAAAGUCGUUAUUUCCACACCCAUUUCCAGAAGGAGUGCAAUUCUCAUAGCAACUUGUAUGCCAUUGGGCCUCUUAUCUUUGUCUCCAGCGUCCGAUGCCAGAGAGAGGCGCAACAGGAAGACUAUCCCUCUUGAAGACUAUCUUACUAGCUGUCAGUCUUUUCUUAUCCUUCUGGGUUCUCGUAAAUCACUGUAAAGUGGCGUAUAAUUGAAACUUUUAGAUGAAUCUGUUUGUACUGUUCUAUACAGUAAGAGAUUAGCUUCAAACACUCCAAAAAUUUAGAUUUAAUUUUGUGGAAUCUUGUAAACAGUCUAGCAAAAUAGCUGCUUUGAAGGCAUUUGAUUUCCGUUCCUAGCAUUUGAAAUGAUGUAUUUUGCUCCGUUUUUUUGUUUGUUAAGAGCAGCUGAUGGGCUGAAAUACUAUGAUUUGGUCGAAGGAAAUGGUCCAGUAGCAGAAAAGGGAUCAACAGUUCAGGUUUAUCCUAAACAUCAAUAAUACAAGUAUUGCUUGAUACUUUUUUUCC